GCGGGAUUUCAGCAGACUAGCGUCCGUCAGUAAAAGCUGCGUUGUGAUUAGUAAAUAUUGAAAGUUGCAACAAGUAAUGUUGACUGAUUGAGGACUCGAUCUAAUUGUCGACACCCUCAAAUAAUAAUCUCAUUUCAAAAGAGUUUAUAAAAGAUCACGUAUUAAUUUUACGAGUUAUUAAAAACUGUUAAAAUGUCGAGUCCUAUGCGUGCACCGACCACGCGUUCAGCCGCAACAACUCCGAGACAACAACGAAAUCAACCUGCAACGGCAUCUCCUCGAAUAAGAAGCUCUCCAAGAACACGAGCAGCUAAUGCAACUAAUAAUUCGCAGAAUGGAACUCCAAGAGCGAAACAAGGACCUUCAACUGCUUCUACAGAUACUCCUCUUAGAUGGGGACAUAAUCGUAAAACCCAAGAAACCAUUGCCGCUUCAUCGGAAGGGCCAUCCUCAGGUGUUCCUGCUUCAUCUCCUAAUAGGUUUCUUGCAACCAGUCCACUGCCUAUGGGAAUGACUGAAAUAGAUUUAUCUUCUCCUCUCAAUUACGGAACACCAAGUUCUCUUGGUUCAAUUAGAACACCUAGAAGUGGUAUACGUGGUACACCAUUGCAGCAAAGACCAGAUAUCAGAUCCGACAAAAGAUUGAGACAAGUUAAUGUUAUUCCAGAAGUUCCUGAUGAAAGUGGUAUAGCAGUUGCUGCUUCAUCAGAAAAUGAACAAGUACCUGGACCACAAUUAGUUAUUUGGGGCACUAAUGUAAUUGUCAAUAAAUGCAAGCAACAAUUUAAAGAAUUUAUUCAAACAUUUAUUGAUCCAGAAGCAGAAAAUGAUGAGCUACCAGACAAUAUGGAUGUAACAGAACCAUUAUACAUGCAAAAACUAGAUGAAAUUCAUACAUUAGAAGAACCUUACCUUAACAUUAACUGUGCUCAUCUUUUAACAUCCCAACCACAAUUAUAUAGACAGCUAAUAUGUUAUCCACAAGAAGUAAUACCAACAAUGGACAUGGCUAUAAAUGAAAUGUUCUUUGAUAAAUACCCAGCAGCAAUCUUAAGUCAUCAAAUACAAGUUAGACCAUUCAACGUGGCCAGAACCAAAAGCAUGAGAUUGCUCAAUCCAGAAGAUAUAGACCAAUUGAUUACUAUUUCUGGAAUGGUUAUUCGAACAUCUAAUGUGCUUCCUGAAAUGAGAGAAGCUUUUUUCAAAUGUAUUGCCUGCGCAUUCACUACUGUAGUAGAAAUAGAUCGAGGCCGUAUAAGUGAACCUACUGUUUGCACAAAUUGCAACAAUAAUUACUGUUUUUCUCUGGUUCAUAAUAGAAGUCAUUAUACCGACAAACAAAUGAUAAAAUUACAAGAAUCUCCGGAUGAUAUGCCAGCUGGACAGACACCGCACACAAUUGUGCUAUAUGCCCAUAAUGAUUUGGUAGAUGCAAUUACUGCUGGAGAUAGAGUUUCUGUUACAGGAAUCUAUCGAGCAAUACCAAUUCAAGUUAUUCCAAGAGCUUCCAACGUUCGAGCAGUUUAUAAAACUCAUAUUGAUGUAGUUCAUUAUAGAAAGCAUGAUUCUAAAAGGUUGUAUGAUUCUGAAGACGGUAAAGAACACAGUUUCCCAGAAGAAAGAAUUGAACUUUUAAAGUUACUAUCCAAAAAAAGAGAUAUAUAUGAUAGAUUAGCUCGAAAUAUAGCUCCAAGUAUUUAUGGAAAUGAAGACAUAAAAAAAGGCAUACUUUUGCAAUUACUAGGUGGUACUAAAAAAACGCAUAAUACUGCAGGAAGAAGUCAUUUCCGUUCCGAAAUCAAUAUUUUAUUGUGCGGCGAUCCUGGUACUAGUAAAUCGCAAUUGUUGCAAUUUGUUUACAAUUUAGUUCCACGUUCUCAGUAUAGCAGUGGCAAAGGAUCCAGUGCCGUUGGUUUAACAGCCUAUGUAACCAAAGAUCCUGAAACUCGUCAGUUGGUAUUGCAAACUGGAGCACUUGUAUUGGCUGAUAAUGGAAUUUGCUGCAUUGACGAAUUUGAUAAAAUGAAUGACAGUACAAGAUCGGUACUGCAUGAAGUAAUGGAACAACAAACUCUCAGCAUAGCCAAAGCUGGGAUUAUUUGUCAAUUGAAUGCGAGAACAAGUAUAUUAGCAGCAGCUAAUCCUUGUGAAUCACAGUGGAACAUGAAAAAAAAUAUUGUGGAAAACAUUCAGUUACCACAUACACUGAUGUCGCGAUUCGAUUUGAUCUUCCUAAUGUUGGAUCCUCAUUCAGAGGCUUUUGAUGCCAAAUUAGCGAAGCAUUUGGUUUCAUUGUAUUAUCAGAAUGAACCUGAAGCAGAUGAUAGUUUAAUAGACAUGAGUGUUUUACGUGAUUAUGUCACUUUUGCCAAGGAACAUUGCCAUCCAACACUUGGUGAAGAAGCUCAACAACGAUUAAUCCAAGCAUAUGUUGAUAUGAGACGCGUAGGAAGUGGUCGUGGACAGAUAACUGCAUAUCCAAGACAGCUUGAAUCACUUAUCCGCUUAUCAGAGGCUCAUGCAAAAAUACGACUCUCCACAACAGUUGAAAUUGAAGAUGUAGAAGAAGCAUGGAGGUUGCAUCGCGAGGCUUUGAAGCAGUCGGCAGUUGAUCCUCUGAGCGGAAAAAUAGACGUAAAUAUUUUAACUACGGGUGUAUCUGGCAGCUAUCGGCAAAAAAUUGCACAACUAACAGACAUACUCAGAAAGCUAAUUGAAACAAAAGGAAAAGUAACUAUAAGUUAUCAAAAACUCUACAACGAAUUCAAAGAUGGAACUUCGUCGGUCACUCAAGACGUAUUUCAAGACGCUUUGAAGAACCUUCAAGAUUUGGGAAAAGUUAAUAUAGGAAAAGGAACGAUCAAGAUUUUAUAAAUUAAUGAGCUGUUAUGUUUAUUAUGAUUAGUAAUGGCAGGCUUUUUUAUCCAGUAUUCACCUUCAAAAGGCUAUUGUAUUUUGUACUGUAAUCACUAUUACUUUUUAUGGAAAUAAACAUUUUAUACAAUUA